UUGUUCAAGCAUGCUUGGCAUUAAGUUACUAUCAAGUUCUUCCACUGGACAUGAUACAACGAGUGUUUAAUAUUGAUUUUAUAACUCGGUUAGAGAAGGAAUUGUCGAUUAUUUGUCAUAAGGGAAAUGAUCAAAAAAAUGUAUUAAGUUUGGUCAUGCAGUUGAACCGUUCGAUUUGCCUUAAUUAUCCAGAAGCUAGAGUGCCAUGGUUCCAGCAGAAUUUUAUUGAUGCACAAUUAGCAGCUAAUCCACCAAAGCUUACUCCUUAUAUGAAUAAAAUAUACAAAAUGUUGCUGUCUUAUGUUGGAGGUGACAAAAGUAUGAUUAGAUUGAAUCAUAAGACACCAUACGGAUACAGGAUACCUUUCGUCAUUUAUUUUAACUCACAAAGACAAAUAGUUUCACCGCCAGUAGACGAGGGCCCUCAAACGUUAGACAAAGUGGCUAUAAUUCCGUUGCCAAAACAACCUAUUCAAUUCAAUGGUACAAGUCGAAAGCGUGGAUUUGAUCUUCUCGAAGAGCUUCAUCUUAGUAUGCUGGGUUAUAUUGUAAUACAGAUUUGCCACCGGGAAUGGAAUUCGAUUCACAUGAAUUUUCCUGGCGUUCGUGAAGAAUAUCUUAAAAGUGCUUUCAAUAAAUAUAAUUUAUUGCUUGAAUAAAGCGUUUCGAAAUGUGUACAUGUAAAAUAUAGCAGUCAACUAACUAAAAAAAAUGUGA